AUGAAUAAAAAUUUUUUACUUGUGUUCAUUUUAUUUGCUACGCUUUCUGCGGUUAAUUCUUUGCCGCACAAACAUGAUAAAAGAAUUUCAGCUAUUAAAUGGACUACAUGCUUCGACAUUCCAAAACUUAAUGUAGUGGCAAAUGAUCCCGUCGAAGGUCAAAAAGAUACCUUUACAGUUUCUGGACCUAUUCCAUCAGACAUCAAUGCAAACGACAAACUUUACAUGAUAUUUAUUGAUAUUGAUGAUCCCACACGUAUAUUUAAAUUUUUGACAGACGUCUGCGGGGCAAAAGGUCUUCCACAAUGUCCAAUUAAAGGUGGAGCACAAUUUGAUGUGAAUAUUACACUUACGAUUCCAACAUUUUCUGGUUCCUUCAUCAUCUAUGCCAUGAUUGGGAAUAAACACGAUGGAACUUUAGGCUGUGCAUAUACCAACAUUUGA